CGUCUGUUUGGGAUGGCCAGUUGUAGUUCUGAAAACUGUUAGCUAACGGUGUUAUUCACGGGAGCUGAAUCAUAUUCUCAAGUCGGCUCCGCUGACAAAUCACACCUGCAGAUGGUUCACAUUCAACUCUGGCAGUGAGUUUGUCAAAGGGGAGCAACACUGGUUCUGAUUCUUCCAACACAGCUAGCAUUAGCUGGCGGAUCCCACUUCGUAGCUAGGCGAGUUAGUUGCUAAGCAGUGAUGGAGUGGCUGGGCAACGUAGCUUCAAAUCAACCUCGCGAAGAGUCGAGCUGUGACGAGGCUUCACGGGACCUCAGUGGUGUUUAUCCUCACCAGCAGCAGUCACCGUCGUCGCUCCGCUGCGAUUGUGCCAUGGCGUCUCUGUGCCAGAGCCAGCAGCGCUGUGUGAAGGCCUCCAUCGUCUCCAGCUGGAGGCUGGCCGAAGCUCAGGAUCAGCUGUGCUCUCUCGGUGUCCACAGCUCCGAGUCCCUGGAGCAGGAACGUGCUCGCACUCAGGUGUGCGCCACAGAACUCACGCACACUGUGGAGGAGUGGCGCCGCAAGGAGAGCAUGCUGGGAGGUCCGGAACCCAGCCGGAGUCCUGUGCUCGGCGCUGUGAGCAGUUGGGAUGUUUUUAAUAAGAGUAUCAUCAAUGUCCCAAACCAGCCAGUAGAAAUGGAUCAAGACAAGUGCAAGACGUUUCUCCAGAAGUAUGAGCAAGAGCUCAGGCACUUCGGAAUGUUGCGGAGAUGGGACGACAGUCAGCGGUUCCUCGCUGAAAUGCCGCAGCUCAUCUGCGAGGAAACGGCAAACUACCUGGUCCUGUGGUGCAUAAGACUUCAGCAAGAAGGGAAAGAAGCGCUGAUGGAGCAGGUUGCACACCAAGCUGUAGUCAUGCAAUUCAUCCUAGAGAUGGCUUCAAACUCUCAGCAGGAUCCUCGAGGCUGCUUCAGACAGUUCUUCCACAAAGCCAAAGACGGACAAGACGUCUACUUAGAAGUCUUCCAGACGGAGCUUGAGGCCUUCAAACACAGAGUGAGAGAAUACGCACUCAAGUGCAGAGAUGACACACACAACAACAUAGAAGAACACAACACUGGCACAAACUGCAGACUGGACCCCAAAGAAGCCCUGGACUCUUUACCUCCAGUGGCAGAGUAUCCUACAAAGCGAUGUAUAGAGUCCGAACUGUGGACAAACACCGUGCGAUGGACAAAGGAUGACGCUACAGAGACAGAUGACAUACGCAUGAUGGAGACAUCCUAGUGAUUUUAGAAGCAGCGCCUCCUUUUUCCUCCCAUCUCCAUCGUCUCACCCAUUUAGGAUGAACCUGAGUUUUUACGCCCUCUUCCCCUCUUGUUUGGGGAAAAACACCAGUGCAGAAGAAGGAAUAAGCGAAGACAUGACUCGACUUAAGAGUUGCGAUUAUAAGUGGAGAACCUGCGGGGAAAUAACGUUUCUCUAAGUGACGGACAUUUCUCAGUGUUGUCCUCGUUAUGUCGCUGUGGAAGGCCUCCGGUAAGUCGGCUCCUGCUGUGUCUCUGGCCAGCUUGAUGCAUGUGUUUUCAGCCAUAUCAGUCAAGCUGGCUCUAAAAAGAGAAACAUCCUGAGUUCUGAAGUGAAAGCGAAGCAGAUCCACUCAAUUGUAAAUUACUUCCAGACAACACAAAAGAAUACCUAGACAAUAAGUUAAGCACCAAAUCCUGUGCCUCAAGGAGGACUCGGGUCAGAGGGACGUUGUAGGAGGUGUUGUAACUGUGAAUGAUUCUCAGAUUUCAAUCAUGAGGGGAAAACGUAUUUAAUAAGGAAAUGUUAGCAGUGGAGUUCUGGUAUGAAAGGGAGAUUUCUUAAUGUGAGAAUUUCAGGCUUGCUGAAAACUUUUGUCAGAUGUUUCACAAGAAUUGACAGAAAGGAGGCUAAUAGCUGACACUGUUCUGAUAAGUAAAGAGCAGAUCGUCUGCAUUUAUAUCACAACAAAGGCGGGAAGCAGCUGUGCUUUUUCUAGCCGUCUUCACGUUCCUCCAUUCUCACAUCGGCCCACUCGGAUUUGCUGCAGGAAAAAGUACCAGGGGUCUGGCAGGAGAAACUCCGGGGGAAGUCCGAGUGAAAAAUGUGGCUGUUUGCAUACAAACGCCCCGUCUGAUUCCUGUUUAUUUCUUCAGCAUUAUGCUCAGAAUCACUCAGCGAGUACAACCCUUUCUGACUGAUCAGUAUGAGGAGCUGUACACGAUCCCACAUAGGUUGAUUAUCAUGAGAGGACCAGUGAUGUGAUAUGUCAGCCAAUAGGGUCAUUCAGAGUUUAUGAACUGACAAAGCAAUCAGCAUCCCGUGUAAAACCAGCUUUUAAGAGCCGCUUUUGCAUCUCACAACAACACCGGUGUAAUCUGAACGCAUGAGUCAUUAAAGGUGAAUAGAGGCCUCUGUGGUUGUCAGUUAAAGAGGUUGUUUUUCAUCGUUUGAAUUAAGAUUAUCUGAUAAUUAGAACAUAAAGAUGUAGAGCUCAACCUUAAUUGCAGGUGACGGAGUGCAAAUCUGCAUGUUUUAGCACAUUCAAGGUCCAUUAGCUUUCUGGAUUUGCUUCUCUGGUUCAGAGGUUUGCUAGAGUAAAACUGUACCUUUCAUAAAUCCAGUAUUUCAAUCCACAAGUAUAAGACACAAGUGCUCCUUUCUCUCUUCACUAAAGGGAAUAUCAAUUUAAAUUCACGCUUUUGGAGCUACAAGUGAGUCAGAAGGUUUGAGUACCUUUUAAGGAGAGAAGGAGGAAAAAAAGGGCUGAGUUCUCCACAAAGACUUUUACUGUUUAUGAGUAUGCAGAAAGGAUGUCUGCAUCUGAAUGUGUCCUGCACUUUAUAUUUCACUUUCUUUGUUGUGUCCCCUGACAUUUUUAUUUCACCAGCAGGCUUUACUUGAGCAUGUGGUGGUUUUGUGUCACAUUUUUUGUUUGUUUUGUAUUAUGUUUGCCAAGUUUUUAAGUUUUAGUCUCGAGGAAAACUCGAGAAAACUUUUUUUUUUUUUAAAGAUUUGUGUGGCUUACAGUUAAGAAAAUAAAUAAAAGGACAUGUUUAACUGGAUGAACAAAAUCAGUGUGAAAAAUCUGCUGAGAGGCACAAAGAGUACAACUUUGACAACAGACUGUGGAACUGCAGACACCAUGCAUUAAAGAACAUUGUAUUUGUUUCUGACUUUCCACUUUUGGGGGAUGCAUCGUUGUCUCACUCUUCAUAUUUCACAGAUUUGAGUUUGGCCUGGACGGUGCCAUUUUUUUUCUUUAUCUUUGCAGUGCAUCUUUAAAACGUAUCUGUAUAAAAACCGUGAACAAAAACAUUAUUGUUAGCAUUAAAGCUCAAACAAUGUGCCGUAGUGGUCUUAAUCGAUAUGUGUCACUGUCCACAGUGACUGACUAUGCAAAAAGAAUUGUAUGGCUUUAACUGUUGUACUUAGCCUGUGGCCUGUGUCCAUGGGGUCUCCUUAUUCAGAUAGAUAUUAAAUAAAUCUGUGAGUGUACAACUGAGAAACUUUGCUACAAGAAAUUCUGUAACCGAGAUGUGAUCAGCUUAGGAAAAUGAUACAUCUCAUUCAGACUCAUAGUAGGCCUCUGUAAGAUUUUGUUAGUCUUGCUGCUGUAAGAAACUCAAAUAUAAGACCAGUGCUAAUCUAAAUGUCUGUCUUGUUAAAACUGCUACAGUUAAUUGUAGAUCUGCAGUUUGUAGCCUGCUCUAUGCUCCCGAUACCUGAAAUUGCAUCUGUGGUAAAUUCAUUAAGGGUGAGGGAAAAGCUGUUCAAAUCAUUGUCGUCGCUCCUGUGUGACGUAUUUAUAAAAGUGUUGUUCGCGCCUACAAAUACAAAUUAGGGUUACAGAAAACGCAAGUUGAUUGAAACUGUGUUGCCUACUCCUUGUAUUCAAUUGAGGCUUUAGCGGCUCAAGGCGACAUAAGCUGGUGUUGCCAGUAUGCUAACAGUAUACACCUGAACCUGUGACGGCGCUGUCGCUGGUUGUGUUGCAUUGUGGAUAAUGUAGGCCCCAGGCCUUGGUCAUAACAAUGCAUUGAAUAAAAAUUCUGCUCUCCUUG